AUGCUUGUAACUAGAUUACACGUUCUCCUAGCGCAAUCAAGCAGAGUAAGAUUUGAAAAGAGUACUGGAGACAAUCUUGUAGGAAAUGAUGAACUAUCAUCCAAAGCACAGGAGUGGCUUCAUAAUUUUGACAUCAUGAUAAAGAGUUCGGGUAUAGAACGGCAUUGGAUUUUAACUAAAGUGAAUAAGAAGCGUGAAAAGACUCAAGCAUUAGAAUUGAUUUCUGCCGAAAAAGAAGAACAGCAUUUUUAUAAUGUGAGGUCAAAUAUUGCUAAACGUUUUAACAAGCAUCCUUCAUCUUUUAAAGAACCAUCAGAUUCAAAAAAGAUAAAAUCAAGUGGUCAAACUCCAACUAUUGAUGUGGUCUAUGAUGGUUACGAAACUUCCACUAGCGAUUAUACUUCCGCUGAUACUGAGAAGAAAUCAACAGAUGAAACGUUACUUAUCAACCUAGUAAAAUUUGAAGAAGUAUACUCUAAAUUAGAUCCAAAUUGCAUGUGGGUGCUUGAAAGUGAUCAAAAAGUGGAAGAAGUAAUCUAUGAAUUCGCUAGAAAUUUGCCUGAAGACUCAGCUCAGCUCAGAUCGUGGAGAUCAAUUGACAAGCCAAGCCAAGCCAAGCCGGCUUGCAAGCCGGCUCGUUCAGCUUGCAUUUAUAUUUAG